UACUUCUCGGUGCCUAUCCAGAGCCGACGCUCUCGUACAAUGUAAAUUGUGUGUCUUCUCGUACCAGUGAACAUUGCAAAUAUGUAUAGCAAAAAGUUGUGUGUUGCGAUAAUUGUACUAUUAGUUUUUCAAGAAUUUACUGAAGGAAGAAAAUCUAGAAGAAAUCCAAGGCCUAAAGCUAUCGAAGAUACGACUCUACAGCCCAGCGUUGUUUCUUAUUCGACUUUUGGGUUUAAUGAUGUUGGAUCAUUUGAUGGUUUUGUUCCUACUUCACCAGACUAUGCAAAUUACCUUACCAAUAUAAAUCAAGAAACAUCCACCAGAUUAUAUGCCCCGGCAUUUCCUACUGCGUUAGACAAUACUGGAUUUAGUAGUAAUUCUGAUUCACAAUCUGAUGGACAAUAUUUUACUAGUUCUGAUCACGGAAUAUUACAGUCUAGUAUGGUAGAAUAUCCGAAAAAUAUACAUUUUUAUAACACUCCUUCUUUUGAUGAAAAUUCUAAUAAAAAUUUUAUUGCUAAAGGCACAUUUAGAGGUGUUUCUGAAGAAAAUGAUUCUCCUGUAUAUGGGACUAAACUGGGUUCGAAAAGUAAGAAAAUGUUAAACCAAUUUAAUGACACUGAAUUCAAUAUAUAUACUAGCGCAGUCAUAAGUCCUAGUGAUUUGUCAUCAAAUUUUAAUUUCCACUAUGGUCAAGGUAUAUCUGAGAAUAAACCGUCUUUUGGUGAGUCACCUAAUAAUUAUCAUAUUAAUCCGGGCAAUAUUGGAUCUCGUCCUAUUGAUCAGUCUACUAAUCUAGAUGAUUUUGACAAACCAGAGGCCAGUAGUAGUCAUGGAUCGUUAAAAUUUCCAAAAGUUAUUGAUUUUACUAAAAUGAGUUAUCCUGUUGAAAUAGGCAAUAAAUAUAUUUCGGGUUCAUUCAAUUCGAAUAAAAAUAGUGACAAAGACAACUCUAAGAAUGAACAAGAAGUCAAAUACAGUGAACAAAUCAAUAAAUUUACGCAUAGUGCUCCAAUGUUUAAAGAUUCACAAACUUACACUAGAAAUCAUGAAAAAAAUAUCGAAAAACAUACAUCUUUUAAUCAAGACUUUUCUGAUAACUAUGCAAAUUCUUCACCAGUUAAAACAAAUUUCAAGGAGAUUAUCUCAGAACAAAAAAAUAAAAUGAAAUAUUUCAAAGGCAAUUUCAGUACCGAAGAUAAAGCCUUAAAUCCCCAGAAGGGUUACGAAUAUUCAACUAACUUUAGUAAUACUAGUUUUAAAUUUGAUUUUGUUGAACCAAAGAAACCAUUUAGUACAGAUACAGAUGAAGUAAUCCCCGCAAGUAGUAACGUCGUUGAUUUAGCACAUUAUCAAUUUCCUGAAAUAGAUUACACACGUUUUAAAAAAAUACCGGAUAUUAAAACUCAUUAUGACUAUGAUUAUAAUAAUGCACUAUCACAAACAAAUAAAAUAAAGCCAACAGAAGACUUAAAUUAUUUUAAAAAUUUACAUGGUUCUUUACCGGCAUCUACGACAAACUGGGGGAAUGUUUUUAAAUCUACAGAUUAUACCACUUAUAAGAAUCAUGCAAGAAAGCCUGUUCAACUCGAUGAUAUCACAAGUGAUAUUGUCCAUAUACCUAAAAGACCUCACAGUUCCAAAUACAGUAAUAACAAAGACAUUGAAUAUACAUCAAAUGAUUUAUCUAAUUCAAAAAUUAAAUCCUACAAUUCUAAACUCAAAUUAGGUAAGGAGUGGAAUUCAGAUAUGUACAAUUAUAGAUAUAAAACCGAAGAGGAUUUAUUGGGUCUCAGAAACCAUGAUACAUCGCAUCCAUCAUACCUUCCAACAUUUAGACCUAAUGCAAACGAGCUGUCGGAUGAUAACGAAUAUUAUAAAAAAUUAGUAGAAAAAUGGAGACAGUCUUACUGGAAAUCUAAAUUUAAGAAUUCAUAUCCCGACUAUGAGAGCUAUUCUACAGAAACAAAACCAGUUCACGUACCUAUACCGAAACCUUAUCCGAUAGAAGUUCCUCAUCCAGUGAUAGUGCCGGUGCCGCAGCCAUAUCCGGUUCGGGUUCCGGUACCAAAACCCGUUGCGGUUCCGGUUGUGCGACAAAUCACUGUACCUAUUGAAAAACCAGUGCCUUACCCGGUCAUCAAAAAGGUUCCAUAUCCCGUAGAGAAGCCCGUUCCCGUACCAGUUGAAAAGGAGGUUCAGGUUCCAGUGAUGCAACCGUAUCCUGUCCAUAUUCCACAUGUCAGACCCGUAUUUCAUCAUUCGAGACCACCCCGUGAAGAAUUUGAAUCCGAUGUCCGCAAUGAGGAUGAUGACGAUUACUUCCCUCGUCCGGAAGGCAACAAAAAAACGUAUCCAUACAAGAAAAAGCCGAGAAGCACGCGUAAUAGAACCCACAGACCAACACGCACUACUUACAGCACAGCCAAGAAGAGACCAAGACGCCCCGCAGACUACCGCACCAGAAGGCCCUCUUCUACGCACGUGGACUUCCAUUAUUCAGCACCGUACAGACACAGUGAUUACGAUCAGGAACAAUUUGAUGAAACUAGUGAUUAUUACUCCUAUUGCAAAAGAACUGGAAACUGCUAAUUGUCCUAGUGCUGGUCUUUCGGGUAUAACUUGUGUAAAUUAAAUUCGUUUUAC